UUAAAUUUACUCAAUAAAAGAUGAAAGCUAAUAUAAAAGAUUCUUCCAGGGAUUCUUUCGACCCUGACACCUCUACUCUUGAAGUAAACCAGCACAAAAAACAUUGGGGCCUAAAAGAAGUCUCUUCAGAGCUAGAGGAUGAGAAGGCACAAGGGGACAGCGAAAGUUCAAAAGAUAGGCUUCCUCAAAAAUCAACAUAUAAAAGAGCAACGAAAGCGUCCAAGCUAGGAAAAUCUGCAGGCAGAUGGACAGAUAAAGAGCACGAUAUGUUCAUUGAAGGUCUGAAAUUAUAUGGCAGGAAUUGGAAAUAAAGUUGAGAAACAUAUUGGUACAAGGACAGGCACUCAAAUCAGAAGUCAUGCUCAGAAAUUCUUUCACAAGGUGAAGAAUGAACAUGGAACCGAAAAUCCAACUGCAUUUGUAGUUAACAAUUUCUGCGAAACAAAGGUGCAAGAUUCUGCUUACGAAUACCAGAAAGUUUUUAACGUUACUAAACAGAAAUGUGAUCAAUGAGAGCUUUGUAAACCUAGUAAGGCAUCUCCAUAUUUUGAUCCCUCUGUCAGAAAAUCUGAAGUUUGAUGUAAGGUAUCUUACUUAGCUUAUAAGAAUUGCUUAGUUGACAAGAAGAGAAAAAGGCCAAAUGAAGAGAGCUUGAAGCCUCCAACUGCUUUUAAAUCUGUCUUAAAAACAGAAGGAAUUCCUCCUGUGCUAGGUAAAGUUACCUCCAAACCUUGCAUACCUCCAAAAAUACAAAAAGUUCAGAAGACUUCUAUUGUAAAGCCAAAGAAAGUUAAGACUCUUCACUUUGGUAAAGGAAGUAUGAGUGAGCUGCAAAAUGCUGCAUUACUUCAGAUGUCUAGACCUCAAAAUGACUUAUUUAUGGUUCCUCCCCUCAAUAACCUAACUGCUCAGACGCUAGGUCUAAGCUCUAUGUUACAAAUGACUCAGAAUGCAGAUUUGUUGACCAGAUUAUUACAACCUCAGACGAUCACGACCAUGCAAGCGUUAUUGUCCAAGAAAGAUGCAAAGUAAUUUAUAAUUUUCCUCAAGAAUUACGCCAAAA